CAGUCGGCGCACGCCGUGACCCGGUGUGCGGCCUGUGUGUGGUUCAGUUCGCGCAGCUCCGGGGCGUUAGCCGGACAGCACGGAUACACGACGCGUUGCGUCAACACAGUUCCGCCGUAGCAGCUGCGGCGUUGGCCGAAGCGAUGCGAGCCGGUAUACGGGCCGGAAGCGGAGCGCGAAAAAUCCGCCGAGGACACCACUCCUUAGGCGGUUACGCCACGUCGCGUCUCGUCGACAGCUUCUCCCGUGUCUCUCAUUCCGGGCGUGGACGCGGGUGCGAUGUCUGGAGGGACCAAGUGCUUCGGUUUCUCGGCGCCUCUCAUCUGUUAAGGAGGUGCCGCGGCGCCGCUCCACAGCCUGCAGAAGCCCCGCCCCAGAGGCGCCGCCAAGUGGGAGACGCUGGCAGCAGCAGGGACGACAACGACAACGACGACGGAGGCGGCGGCGGCGACGCCCGCCAGUGCCAUGGUCGCCUCAGCCACUGGGAGCCAGGCGCACAGGUCCAGCUGCCGCACGCAGCUUCGCUACUCCGUGUCCGGCUGUUGCAGGACUGGGACGCUCUCUUGAGGGUAGUAGACGCGUCAGCUGUCGCCGGAGUGACAGGUGGCGUCCCCACGUGCCUGUUGACAAGUGGCUUCCCAUUUGACUGUCGACAUUUUGUGGCCCCAUUUGACUGUCGACAUUUUGUAGCCCCAUUUGACUGUCGACAUUUUGUAGCCCCAUUUGACUGUUGACUUGUGGUACCCCAUUUGAUCUUAGCUGAUGGUGUUCCAAAGUUAACGUGACUAGUGUUUGAUGGCUAUUUGUAUCGUUGUGUAAGUCCCUAGCUUCAAGACGACCUCUGUAUCUCCAGAGCAGAUUGUUGCACUGACCACAUUAACACACGUGUUGUAAUUAUUUCCGAACACACAAUCACUGCAUCAGGUUAUCCUCCAGUGGCAUAUCUCAUCAUACUUUCGUACUCGGGAUGCCUGAGUUGACAGUCAUUAUCAAUAAUAGAAAAACGAGUCCAGUAUUUUGACACUACCUUCAUUUGUCAGAUGUCCAAGGUAAGCGGCAUUCGAAUAUCUCAGUGUACUGCAUCAAGAGUGAACAUGGUGUAAAUGUAACUGGUAAUAAUGAACAGGGUUGAUUUCAUCUACCAGGUUCAUAACGCAGUCUUCACGACAUUGCCAAGCAUGUGUUAUUAAGCUACUCAGUGUGUGUGUGUGUAGUAGUUAAGACAGAGUGAAGAUCUUUGUGAUUAGGUAGAAACUUAUCGAAAUUCUGUGGCACACAGCUGCACAGAUAGAUUUUCAUGUACGCUGGAAGACGGAAAAGAGCUGGUCAGUUGACAUAUAUAGAAUCAGGAGGACGAAAGUACACAUUAUAGUGUGAUGAUUUCGUGGUAGUUGCGUUUAACCGCUUGGGAUCGUCUAUCAGUGUUGACAGACGUGCAUCAGUGUACUACUCAGCGUCCAGUUUAUGGUUAUCCAGCACGGUUACUGAACAGUAAGCACCAAAGUGAGUACAGAAGAAACUGACUGAAGUGCUCUGCUACGUGAACACUCAAACAGCCCACCACGUGUCCGGUCAGGAAGCGCACAGACCAGCUGAUUUGACUGUGACUCCUGCUUCUAGUCUGACACACAGUAAGAAUUUGUAUUUGUCACUGCAUGAGGUACUUGUCCACCUUCAGCACUCAAAGACUUUCAUUUCCUUGUGAGAGAUUACGUGCUGUUUGAAUCAUUCAUUAUUAUCUACAAAACUCUUUUUUUUUGUUUGGUGGCAAAACAUACCGAUACUGUUCAGCCACGAAUUUAUUUGUACUGCAGCCAGUUAACAUACAGUACACAAUUAGAUAGGUUCUCGAGAUCUGAACGGCUGGAGAUUUUUAUCGGUCUAGAGGCAGCUUUGAUAACGUGGCGUCAGGCAGAGUGCUGGCUAAUUAGAGGGUGCACUCAACUUUCGAUGAUCUUUCCCUCGUAUCAACUGUUACCGUUACGUUCCACAUUCAGUACUCUUUAUUUAGCAGAAAUUGUUCUCCGCCCACAUUCGGCCAGUGUAGUGCUGCGAUAUUUUCUGCGGUGCACAGUUGUUAUUUGGUCGAGAAGCGCCGCGGGCAGACUGGGUUGUUUUUGCGCACAUCUCUCGACGGUAUCGGAGGUGUUUUUUUUAUCAUCUGAUCAGUUCCUAAUCUGUACAGUAACGAGCUUUCCAAGGGCUCGACAUUUAAUGGCGCCGGCAUCGGACGACAGGCAGCGCUGUAGCUUGCAGUAGCUAAGCAGCAAGUGACUGGAGACUCCAGCAGCAUCCAGUGAGGACUACUGGACGUCGUGGUGGGAAGUGUUGUGUUGUGUUGUGCUGAGAUGUGUGACGAGAUCCGGUGAUCCGGACAACCGCCGCAGCCGACUCGAGUGUUACUUUGGUUUCGGCACCGAGUGGAGACGUCGUCAACAGUGACCGGAGGCGAGAUGUCCGAGAAGCAAUGGCUGGCGCUGCUGCUGCUCUUCGUGACGUACCUGCUGUUCGGCGCCGGAGUCUUCUACUACAUCGAGCGGCAGGCCGAGAAGGUGACCAGGGCCGCCGACAUCCUGCAGCGUGACCACAUCAUCGACAUGGUGGACCACUACUACUGGCCGCAGAACAAGACGGCGCAGCGGCUGUUCCUGGAGGACCUGUCUGACUUCUGCGGCCGCGACAUGACGGACCCUCCCCCGGAGGACAGCAGCCCGGAGCCGAAGAAGUGGACGUUCUACAACUCCUUCUUCUUCGUGGUCACCGUUGUCAGCACAAUAGGCUACGGCAACUUGGCGCCCACGACGGACGCCAGCCGGCUGCUGAUGAUCUUCUACGCACUCAUCGGCAUCCCCAUGAACGGCAUCCUGCUGGCCACGCUGGGUGACUUCUACAGCAGGGCGCUGGUGAAGGUGCACCGGCGCUACAAGAGCAAGGAGAGCCAGUACCGCUACCACUCGCGCACCUGGCUCAUCACGGACACGCUCAGCUACCUGGUGCCCGGCGUCGUCGUCUUCAUCUUCCUGCCCGCCGCCAUCUUCAGCUUCAUGGAGGACGACUGGGACUACGCCAUGUCCGUCUACUACGCCUUCGUCACGCUCACCACCAUCGGCUUCGGCGACCUCGUCGCUGGACAGACGAACAUGGGCUUCCAGACGGGCUGGUUCCUGCUGUACCAGAUCAUGCUGCUGGUGUGGGUGAUCUUCGGGCUGGGCUACCUGGUCAUGAUCCUCGGCUUCAUCACGCGCGCCAUGCGCUCCAAGCGGAUGGCCCGGCUCGAGCACAAGCUGGCACACAACCUCAAAGUGACGCAGGCGCGCCUCUGGCACGGCAUCGCCAAGGACGCCGUCUAUCUGCGCAGGGUCAUCAACGAGAUGUACCUCCAGAAGCUCAAGCCGGUGUACCGCGACGACGAGCUGUCUUGCGCGCGCGCCCUGCGGACCCGCAGCAGCUCGGAGCCCUGCCUGCACACGGCCGGCGGCAGCCCGGGUAUGCGCCGGCGCGCCAACUCCGACUUCCUGGGCGGCGCGGGCUCCGGCGGCGGCGGCGGCCGCGGCCGCCUGCCCAGGGUCAUGUCCGAGACCGACCUGGGCCGCAUCGACCGCGCCGCCACGUUCGCCACGGCCAGGGCGGCCAUCCGACCCGCGGAGCUGCUGGCCCGCGUCGUGGGGGCGCUCAGCAACGCCGCCGCCGCGUCCUCGCACCACCUGGACACGCCAGAGAGCGACACGGACUCCGACGCGACGCAGCCGGCGGACAGAGAGGCGAACGGCAGCGGCGGCGUGCACGGCUUCAGCGACGAAGACAUCCUGGCCUCUGAGCGCGGCUGGCGCGGCUCCGGCUGGACCGUCGGCGGCUUCAGCGUCGGCGGGGGCGUGGCCAAGCCGGCGCCGAAGUUCCGGGCUCGGGCAGCGAGCGAAGCGCGGAUCCCGGCGUGGGGCGGCGCGGCCCCCGGGGGCGGCGGCUACAACGCAGAGUGGACGUGGACUGGGGGCGGCGUGCCGCCCUCCAAGUGGGUGCACCAGCUCGUGCGCCAGAAGUCCGCCAUACCGGAGAAGGCGCCGCUGGAGGAGGAGGACUCGCUGCCUCGGCCGGCCGCCGCCCCCACGCCGCCCCCGCAGUCGGCGCUGCAGCGCCUCAGCCAGGCGCCGCGGGCGUGGCUGCAGCGCUUGCGGCGCGCCCAGGGCCGCCGCAACACCGACGACGCGGACGUCGACGGCGAUCCGCGCGCCGCCCCCAGGCCGUCACUGCUCAAGCGCAUGUCGCUGCCUGCGCCGGACCUGCUGUCCAUGCGGCGUGGCAGCUCGCUCAUGCCCGAGCCGCAGUACGUCACCAUCACCGGCGCGGCGCAGGCCCGCGGCCACACGGAGCACAUGGGCAGCGUGCUGGAGGAGACGUCCCUGGCGGACUUCCUGCGCGCGCUCUCCUCCGUGCACGACCGGUUCGGGGUCGCCGGCAUCGCCGACGAGUCUCCCGGCUGCCGGAAGCGGCGCAAGAUGGGCACGGCGUCGCUCACGCCGCCGCUGCACCACUCCCUGCAGUCGCUGCACUCGCCGGCGCCGCCGCCCCCGCCGCCGACGCUGCCGCCCGCCGCCCACCUGCGGCGCGGCUCGCUCUGGCCGACGCCCACGCAAGGUGCGGGAGGUAGGCGGGGCUCCCUGCGGCCGGCCACGCCCCCUGUCGCCCAGCUGGCGCAGCGCCGCUCGUCGCUGCGGCCACCCCCGGCUCCCUCGCCGGGACCUCCGGCGCCGCCAACAGGUGGUGGGAUGCGGACUGCAGGACGGCCCACGCCCACACAAGACCGACGCAGGUUUUCAGUGCGUCCAGUCCCAGAAGGCCAGCUGCCGUCACUGCUGCCGGCGAAUGUUCGCACACUGCGACACCAGGUUCUGCAACGACAGAUGAGUGACACAGACCUGCUGUCUUCAGGUCUGCUGCGACACCAGCGCCAUGACAGUCUCAGCUCGGUCCGCACUGAGAAGUGACCAGAAGACUGAUGGAGCCCUCCUGGUGGUGCACGACCAGACAAAAAGCCAUCUGGCUCUUAAGUUUUGACUUCUGCCAAUCUAACUCGGCAGUGAGAACGAGAUGUGGUAAUGUUGACAUCGCAAACUGGAGUAUUCGCACAAAUCUCUGCUCCAACUUAUUUGCCUUCAGAGCACAGACGCCUUCAGUUCUCAGCAUUGCUGAAGUGGACACGAAUUUCCAGUACAUUUCAUUUAUCAGAAUAAUCUUCGCUGUUUGACCACAUGAACGAAGACUGAUGAAGCUCCAACGAGCAAUUUGCUGGAAUAGUAAACCAAACAGGAAAUGAAGCCAACUACUGAAGAUGAAAAUAUCAUUCCAUUACACGAUAUUUCACAUCAGUAUUUUUGAGACACUGCCAUCUUAAGUCUUCCAGCAUAGAAAGCUGUCAUCAAACCUCCGGGGAGGUAUUAACAGUGCGAAAGACAACAGUUUUUGAUUUCUCCUGCACUGUAUAUUAGAGAAAUAAAACUGAGAUAUUGGGUAGAAACACUAAUUUAUAGGUUUCUCGUAACAUUCCUGUAUUGGUAAAUUUUUAUGCCUUAUGACAAAUAAAUAACUUAUUUUUUUA